AGUUUAACUACAUGUAGUUAAACUCAUGGCCCCACGAGAAGCACUCCCAGCCCCAUCGUCCCCGAAGCAGCUGAGAAGAACUGUUUCCUACGCAAGGAAACAAAUUACAGCCACUCAAACGUUUGGAUAUUCAGCUGGUCACAUUUUGAACGAUCUCUGCUCAGCAUGCUGGUUCACAUAUCUUAUAAUCUACCUGACAGAAGUCAAGCAACAAUCGGAAAGUUUUGCUGGGAUUCUCAUGCUAGUUGGACAGGUUGCAGACGGUCUGGUCACGCCCUUGGUUGGUAUUACUAUGGAUAAGUUCGGUAUUGAAAGAUAUGGAAAACGUAAGACGUGGCACGCUCUAGGAACCUUUACUGUUAUCAUAUCCUUCGCUUUUAUGUUCCACAAAUGCUUUGGUUGUGAAGAAAGCUCUUCCCAGAUACAACAGCUCUAUUACGGAGCUUUUAUAGUUCUGUUCCAAAUCGGAUGGGCGAGUACACAGAUCUCACACCUGUCCCUAAUUCCUGUACUAACAGUUUGUAAGAAGAAAAUUGUGUUCCUUAAUUCCAUCCGCUCAGGUCUUACAUUCGUUUGUGGAAUAGUAGUGUAUCUACUAAUGGGGCUUCUACUGCACUUAGCUGGAUCUAAGGUGGAUGCUCUGGGUCCUGGAGAUGAAAGAGCUUUUUCGUACCUAAGCAUGAUAGUGAUUGGUGUGGGUUUACUAUUUUCCUUAGUCUUUCACGUCUUGGUUAGCGAGUCGAGUGAAUACGUCGAGCUGGAAAAGUCUCAAGCACUAGUAGGGGAUCAAAUCGAAGUUGGCCUCACGGACGUCAAAAUUGAAACCGAGCAAGAACAGUUUACAAUAAAAAAUUGGUUGGAGUUGAAGCGAUUUUAUCUGGUUGGACUGAUGUACAUGUUUACUCGGAUAGCAAUUAACGUACCCCAAGUUUAUCUCCCUCUUUACCUCAUCUCCACCUUAUCUCUCAAUAAAGAAAGUAUAGCUUACUACCCGUUAGUAAUGCUUAUUUGUAGUGUGAUCGGGAGCUUCUUGACACGACCUCUGACAAAGUUGUCAGGAAAAAGAGUGGCUUAUAUUUGCGGAGCUACUCUUGUCGUGGGCAGUUCUUUCUGGUUCUAUUUCCAGUCGAAGGAUGAUCCUAACCCAACUUACGGAGCGACAGCGUGUAUUGGGGUGGGAUGCAGUAUCAUGUUGAUCUUAUCUCUCAGUAUGACAGCAGAUCUUAUCGGUGGUCACACGGACACAGCAGCAUUUGUGUACGGAUCAAUGUCCCUGGUGGAUAAACUAUCGAGUGGUAUACUAAUAGCUCUGAUACAACACUUUCAUCCAGAAAAGUGUAAUCCUGAUUUGGGACCCUGCUCGUCAAACGGUGCUGAAUACUACAGGUACACGAUGUCUGUAAUACCGGGCACUGCUGCUCUACUGGCAGCCUUAUCAACACUCCUACUAUCUUUUGUAGUCAAGAGAUGUCCCCAUACAACUCGUAUCCAAAACCAGAGUGAUGACACAUUAAAAUGCGAAGAAAAAGAAAUCUAAUCAAAUAUCUUGGCUGAAAAUUGAAGAUUGAUAUCGUUGUCGGAGGUCGUCGGAAUUGAUUUUAUUUUUAAGAUUAUUAUAUUUAUGGGAGUGACCUUUUAUUUUUUAUCGUUAUGUUUAUUUCGAGGGAUAUUUUAGAACUGAACUGUCGUAUUGGAACAAUAUUAAUUUGCGUUGAGAAUUAUCAUGACCAAUCGUUUCAUUUAAAUAUGAGGAGCUUGGCCAUGAUUCUAACAUUAAAACACUCAAUGAACUGAACGAGACUGGAGACCCUCAGAAUAUAAUCAUUCUUAUUCCAAGAAGAAUUAUUAAACAUUUGUGAUAAUUGAUAAUUGAUUGUACCCAUUUUUAAGUUUGAAAUCAUCGACCCUUAACAGAAAUACUGAAUAAACUAAAGUAAUUUAUGCAUCAUAUUUUGAUUCUUUGCACCAUUUGACAAUUCUUUUCGUUUUCAUAAUUGAUAAUUUUGAUCAAAUCAUUAUUGAUUACUUUUUAUACUCAAGUUGAAGGUUU